UAUACAAGUACAAUCACAACACAAACUCCUUAUCCUCUCUCUCUCCAAUCUCUUUUCUCUAUCUCUGGCAAAACGAGAGUGCUCUUCAAUGGCGUCUCAGAUCUAAACACUGGAACCUACUAUAACCACGAGGGAAGGCUUCUUACUUCUUCGUACGGUAACGUACCUGAAGAUUUUUCAUCGUUAAUUCAGUUAACGACGUCGUUAUGAAGAGAGUAGCGUACUCAUUCCCUGAAGAAGUUCUCGAACACGUGUUCUCGUUCAUUGAAUCGGACACAGACAGAGGCUCGAUCUCUCUUGUAUGCAAGUCGUGGUAUGAGAUCGAGCGGUGGUGCAGGCGGAGGGUGUUCGUCGGUAACUGUUACGCGGUGAGUCCGUUGAUGGUGAUAAAACGGUUUCCGAAGGUGAGAUCUAUAACAUUGAAAGGGAAACCGCACUUUGCGGACUUCAAUUUGGUACCGGAAGGUUGGGGUGGUUAUGUUUGUCCUUGGAUCAAAGCUAUGGCUGUUGCGUAUCCGUGUUUGCAAGAGAUCAGACUUAAGAGGAUGGUCAUCACUGAUGAUUGCUUGGACCUUAUCGCUAAAUCGUUUAAAAACUUCACUGUUUUGGUUCUUACUUCUUGUGAAGGUUUCACUACUGAUGGACUUGCUGCCAUUGCUGCCAAUUGCAGGAAUUUGAGGGAGUUGGACUUGCGGGAGAGUGAAGUGGACGACAUUUGCGGUCAUUGGCUAAGCCAUUUUCCUGAUUCAUACACAUCCUUGGUUUCCCUAAACAUCUCUUGCUUAGCAAGCGAGGUGAAUUUGCAUGGACUAGAGCGUCUGGUUAGCAGGUGCCCCAACCUGCAGACUCUCCGCCUCAGUCGAGCUUUCCCCCUUGAUAGGCUUGCCAAUCUUCUUCGUGGGGCUCCACAGCUGGUUGAGUUAGGCACCGGAGCCUACACAACUGAGAUGCAGCCGGAGGUCUUUUCAAACCUGGUCACAGCAUUUUCUGGGUGCAAGCAAUUGAAGGGCUUGUCUGGCUUUUGGGAUGUGCUACCAUCCUACCUUCCAGCCGUCUAUCCUGUCUGCUCCAGGCUUACAUCACUAAACUUGAGUUAUGCUACAAUCCAAAGCACGGAUCUUAUCAAGCUUGUUGGUCAAUGUGAAAGUUUGCAGCGGCUAUGGGUGCUGGAUUACAUUGAAGAUGCCGGCCUUGACAUGCUUGCUGCAUCUUGUAAGGAUCUGAGAGAGUUGAGGGUAUUUCCUUCUGACCCUUUUGGGUUAGAUCCAAAUGUAGCAUUGACAGAGCAGGGACUUGUUUCUGUGUCUGAAGGUUGUCCCAAGCUCCAUUCAGUUCUAUAUUUUUGUCGACAAAUGUCCAAUGCUGCCCUAAAUACAAUUGCUCGAAACAGGCCUAAUAUGACUCGUUUUCGACUUUGUAUCAUUGAACCUCGUACUCCUGACUAUCUUACCCUUCAACCUCUGGAUGCUGGUUUUGGAGCUAUUGUUGAGCAUUGUAAGAAUCUUCAGCGCCUUUCCCUUUCAGGUCUUCUCACUGACCGUGUUUUUGAGUAUAUUGGGACGUAUGGGAAGAAGCUUGAGAUGCUUUCUGUGGCAUUUGCUGGAGAUAGUGAUCUGGGACUCCAUCAUGUGCUGUCUGGGUGUGACAACCUUAGGAAGCUGGAGAUCAGGGACUGCCCCUUUGGUGACAAAGCUCUUUUAGCCAACGCUGCGAAGUUGGAGACAAUGCGAUCCCUUUGGAUGUCCUCUUGCUAUGUGAGUUAUGGAGCAUGUAAGCUGUUGGGUCAGAAAUUGCCAAGACUCAAUGUUGAAGUCAUUGACGAAAGAGGACCUCCAGAUUCUAGGCCAGAGAGUAGUCCUGUUGAGAAGCUAUACAUAUACAGGACGAUUUCUGGGCCUAGAUCGGACAUGCCUGGUUAUGUGUGGACAAUGGAAGAUGAUUCUGCUUAUGUUGAAUGAUUAUGCUACUCAAUAAUGAGCAUAUGAUGCGUGACUUGUUGAUGGCAGGUACAUAUUCAACAUACCCUACAAUGAAUUUGAACUGAUGACCGGCCUAUGCUGCUGUUAUGGUUGGAUUUUGAGCUAGAUACAGCAGGGUGGGUAUACAGAGAGCUUGAGCUUCAUUGCCAUUCAUUUUUUACACUUUGGCUGAGCUACGGAUUCUGAUCACAAAUAAAACUGGAACUUUGUUGUUGUAUUUGGUAUCAAAUAGAGUUGUUAAACUUGUUAAAUUAUUUUACUUACUAUGAUAUUUUAAGGACUUUUGCAUAAUUUAUAUGCAUGUACUUUGGUUGAAUAUUAAGAUAUUGGUGGACUCGAUGUUAUUAUUAACCUUUGCAAAGGAAUAAAAUCGAUAUUCAAGUA